CGAAAGGAUUGGCUAUCUGAGGAGCCGCCCCCUGCCGGUAUGGCUGCUUUGCGGGAGGAGCACGGAGCGAGCGGACCCAAGAUGUUCUCCUUGAAGAAAUGGAACGCGGUGGCGAUGUGGAGCUGGGAUGUGGAGUGCGAUACGUGCGCUAUCUGCAGGGUGCAGGUCAUGGAUGCCUGCCUGCGCUGCCAAGCUGAGAACAAACAGGAGGACUGUGUGGUGGUGUGGGGAGAAUGUAACCACUCCUUUCAUAAUUGCUGCAUGUCCCUAUGGGUAAAGCAGAAUAACCGCUGCCCAUUAUGCCAACAAGACUGGGUGGUGCAGAGAAUAGGCAAAUAGCCAGCGUGGGACAGUCCAUACACCAUCCGUACCAUCAGGAGAGGCAUGUCUGAUUUUGUGCCUGCCCGUGAUUCAGGCAGUUAGUGUGCAGUGGUUCCUACUGGUGUGCAUUGAUUUUCUGCAGAUCCCAGGGCUGGUCAUGUCCACCAGCGACUGCUAAUGUUCUGCUGCCUCUGACACUCUCAGUCCAGGAGAAAAGGGAAUAAAGACGCUAGUAUUUUUCCUUUGUACCUUGGACCCGAGAAAUAAUAUUGUGUGCUUUGUGUUUGUUUAAAUGUGCAAUAAACCAAAUUCUCAUUCUAGUGAGAGUGCCAUAAUAUUCUUGACCAGCUGGAAUUAGCAAAACUGAAAAAUAUCUAAUAAUGUGGGGUACAAAACAUAUUCUGUGGCCCAGAACAACUUCAAAUAUCUGCCUUUUAAGGCAAAAGCUCACUUAAAAUUGAUUGUAGGCAGUGGCAUUCUAAU